AUGGACAGGAUCAGUUUGUUGCCCGAUGAGUGUCUGUUGCAGAUACUUUCAUCCCUUACCACAAAAAAAGUCUUGCAGACGAGUUUAUUGUCGAAACGAUGGCGGAAUCUUUGGAAGUUGGUUAAUAAACUCGAGUACAUCUAUUGUGAUGCGAAUGUUGAUCAUGGGAGUUUUAUGCGGUUUGUGGACAGGUCUUUGCUAUUAAACAAGGCUCCAGUCUUAGAGAGGUUGUGUUUUAUGUUUUUUGGCCACCGCCAUGAUUUUGAUAUCGGAUUUUGGGUUAGAAUUGCGGUGGAACGAGGUUUAAGUGAUUUCGAGUAUUUUCCUCCCCUUUUUAAUAGUGAGGCUAAAAGUUUACCACAAAGCUUGUUUACCUGCGGAUCACUUGUGGUACUUAAACUCACCAAUGUAUCACUUAAGGAUGUUAAAUUCCCGGUUAGUUUCCCGGUCCUCAAAAAAUUGCACCUUAGUUGGGUGAUUUUCUUAGACAAUGAGUCCACUAAGAAGUUUUUAUCAAGCUGCCAAAUUCUUGAAGUAUUGGUCCUGGAGCGACAUAGUAAAGACAAUGUAGAAGGCUUUUCUAUUACGGUGCCUUCACUACAAAAGUUAGUAUAUUCUAAUACAGCUUCUACUAAAGGUUUGUUUGCGUUGAACGCUCCUUCUUUGAAGACCUUGAAGAUCAUUGAUCUCGAUUACGAGUGUAUUAUUGAGAAAUUCCCUGAGAUCGUGGUUGCAAAUGUGGAGGUUAUCUAUUCGAACACCGACAAUAUCCUCGGUUCUCUUACAUCACUCAAACACCUCUCUCUAUGUUUACCCUCAAAGAAGUCGCGGUUUCCUACUGGCAAAAUAUUCCAUCAGCUCGUAAGCUUAGAGUUUCGUUGCACAUGUGAUUCAAAAUGGGAUCUACUCAUAUCUCUUUUCAAACAUUCUCCAAAACUACGAUCUCUCAAACUCAAUGAGAGACAUUGCUGCGAAGCUAUUAAAGAAGCGAAAUAUCAUUGGGGUGAGCCAAUAUCUGUUCAUGUUAGACUACUAUGCGGAAGCGUGAAACCGGAAACGUACCUUCACCGGUUUAGUGACGAAUAUGGCAUGAAUUGUCUGAGAACUGAUGCAGAGAUCGGGGUUGAAAUCACAGAUGGAAAUCAACCACAAGCCACCGUUCAAGUGCUCUUUCUGUUGAUCUCUCGAAGCUUUCUCUCUCUAGAAUGUUUUACUCUCUCUCUUUCAAUGUCAAUGGACACAAGUGUUGUCCAAGUUUUUAUUCAUGUCUCUGCGUAA